AUGCAAAUCACACAAUUGCUGCUAUAUUUCGCUGCAACAACGCCUGUUUUAGAUUAUGAGAAAAAAUAUCCCAACUUCUUCCGAAUGGUCACCUCGGACAACACAGUCAAUCAGGCUGUUGUGAAGAUCCUACAGAACUACAAGUGGAGGCGUGUAGGAACUCUGACCCAGGAUGUACAGAGGAUCUCAGAGAUAAGGAGAGAUCUGACUAAACAACUGAGCAAGGCUGAUGUUAUGGUUGCUGUAACUGAAAGCCUGUCCACUGACCCAUGUGUCAAUGUAAAGAAAUUGAAGGAUAUGGAUGUAAGGAUCAUUAUUGGGUUGUUUGACGAGAAUUCAGCAUCUAAAGUGUUUUGCUGUGCUUAUAGCCUGAACAUGUUUGGCAGGAGGUAUCAGUGGAUCCUCCCUGGCGGUUACCAUGGGAGCUGGUGGGAGAAGGCUAACUCCUCCAACUGUACUUCAAACAACCUGCUGACCGCUAUGGAGGGCCACAUCAUUGUGGACUUCACACACCUCAGUAACAGACAGAUCAAAGGCAUCUCAGGAAGGACCCCACAAGAGUAUGACGAGACUUACAACAGAGAGCUGCUGCAGAAAGGGUUAGUUGCCAGCAAGUUCCAUGGGUUUGCCUAUGAUGGAGUUUGGGUGAUGGUGAAAGCAAUGACCAGGGUCAUUGAGUCGGUAAGAUACAGAGAGAGAUAUGACAUCCACCGGAACUUCACAGUCAGCGAUAAGGAGAUUGGACGAAUGGUCCUGGAUUCCAUGAAGGAAAUCCGCUUUGAGGGUGUAACUGGUCAAGUUCUGUUUAGAAAUGGUGAACGCAUGGGAACUAUUAACUUAAGCCAAUUUCAAGAGGGCCGGGAGGUCCAGAUAGGCCAGUAUAAUGCUGAAGCAGAAGUAUUGGAACUCAUCAACCACUUAAUCAGGUUUCAAGGGAUGGAGCCGCCUAAAGACCGGACACACUCCCAGCGGUGGGAUGUCAGUGUUCCCCUCUACAUCAUCUUGUCAUCCACCACUGGCCUGGCUAUACUCAUGGCACUCUCCUUCCUCUUCUUCCACAUCAAGUAUCGCAACCAUUGGGUCAUUAAGAAGUCCAGUCCGUCCAUGAACUACCUCAUUAUCCUGGGUACGAUGCUGGCCUGUACCUCCGUCUUCCUCUAUGGGCUGGAUGGAUCCCUUGUGACUGACAAAGUGUUUGUCACGCUUUGCCCUAUUCGCACAUGGAUUCUUUCUGUAGGAUACACCACAACUUUUGGGGCAUUGUUUGCAAAAACCUGGAGGGUCUGGACAAUCGUCAACAAUAAGGAGAUAAUGAAAAAGAUUAUUAAGGAUUACCAACUAUGGAUUAUUGUCGGGGGAAUGCUGCUGAUCGAUCUGUGUCUCUUAACCUGCUGGCAGAUGGUGGAUCCACUCAGACGAACAGUGGAAGAGUUCAGCAUAGAGACUGAUCGUGGUGGUGAAGACGUUAAUACAAGGCCCUUCCUGGAGCACUGUGAAAGUACAAACAUGACUAAAUGGCUCGCCAUUGUAUAUGGCUACAAAGGGCUUCAAAUGUUACUUGGAUGUUUCCUGGCCUUGAGAACCAGCCAUGCACAUAUCCAACUCCUCGAUGAUGAUGACAGCAAGUACACAAGGCUGAGCAUGUACUACGUGACCGUCAUGUCUAUCAUUGGAGCAUCAGGGUGCUUCCUGACCCGGUAUAACCCUAAUGUACAGCUCUUCAUCAUGGCUUUGGUGGUCAUCGCCUGCUGUACCUGCACCCUGUGUCUGGUGUUCCUGCCAAAGCUUAUAGAAAUCAGAGACAAUCCCAACCAAGUGGAUCCAACUAGCUGGUUCCAAUGUGAUCCUAACAAGGAGGACUCGAAGACCUCCAGUUCCUCUAGCAGUCUCAAUCAGGGCAGCAGAUCUCUUGAAAGCCUGCGUACUGAAAACCAGCAGCUCUGGAGGAGAAUCACAGAGAUUGGUGACCAGUUGGAGGAUGUCGCCAUGCAAGUACUAGAGGAAGAGCUGAGUCCUCCUAGUCGACAGGGCCAUGAGGUGACACUGAGAGCCCAGGUGCGCUCUGAGGAUGUGUCCAGGAUGAACAGGGAACUCUCUGAUGACAUCAACUCACCUGAACACGUGCAACGAAGACGGUCCGUGCAGCUGCCAAUUCUUCACCAUGCCUACAUGCCAGCCAUUGGGGGAAUUUCUGCCAGCUGUUCCAGCCUUCUGAGAAAUCCUGAUGUCCCCACCAUCACAUCAGGCCAUGGUCACCGGGCUGUGACAAUAUGUUCCCCCUACAGUGAGUGACAAUACGCUGGAAUAGUUACAAUAUUCAUUGAACUGCCUCUGGUUCCAUUGGCAGCUGGAAGUCAUAAGACCUUCCUUUACCUUGACUGCCAUAGCGUCAUUCACAUCUGAAGUCAUGUUCACAUCCAGACAAGUUCUAGCUACAUGUGGUGCUGACAAAAGUUAUCUGUGGUAAAUUACAAUAGGUGCUUUACUUUAGGAUUUUUAGUUGAUUGAUUGCAGUGCAAUUCAUGGAAAUUGUCUCCUGAUGAUUAUUCAACAUUCUGGCCGUUUCCCCUGUGUUUCCCAACAUGGGAGUAUCCUGUAUUGCAGCAGGAUACUGGCAGUGACUGUAUUUGCACUCUUGGUAACUACUGUGCUGUGGUACUGCUCUGUCAUGUUGUCAAUCUGGGAAUUUCCUGGUCUGAUACUGCUAAAGCCCAGGAAUUAACUCCAAGGCAGAAAUUAACCCUUUACAGCGGUCAAAAAAAUAAUUGUCUUUCCAAGAGAAAACAAAAUCUUGACUAUGUCUAAGAAAAUACAAGUUUAUGUUAUCACUCUUUCAAAGAUGAUGAAUGGGCUCCCGAGUGGCGCAGCGGUCUAAGACA